AUGGCUUGUGCAUUCAGACGAUUGUCUCAUUGCGGCCGAGUGUACGCGAGGCCUAUUCAGCCUUUUAGGAGGGGCGAAUAUUGGAAGCAGUGGGCGCAUCGCUUUCUAAGUGUGUCCUCAACUCAUCCACAACAGCAACCACUAGAUACUGGCCGUUCAUCAGAUACUUCCAAUCCUUCCUUGAAGCGACAGUUGAGUUCGGGACCUAGAAAUGCAGUUGAUUCUUCGCUUUCCUCGCCAACUCGUACGGUAUACAAGAUCAAAGAACAACCUCUUGGGGGAAACCAUAAAAAACUUCGUGUAAUCAUCAUCGGUGGGGGUGUUAGCGGCCUAAAUAUGCUCAUCCAGCUGAAGAAACAUAUUUCCGGCGUCACUCCCAUUAUUUACGAAAAGAAUGCUGAAACUGGCGGUACUUGGUUCGAAAACAGAUACCCUGGCUGCGCGUCAGACGAUCCAUCGCACAGCUAUCAGUUUUCUCAUACUCCAAAUCCAAAAUGCAAUUCUCUUUUCUCUCCGGCUGCAGAAAUUCAGAAAUACUUAAUUGGAGUUUGCGAGAAACAUAAUUUGAGAGACGAGAUCAAAUGUUCUCAUUCUGUUGUUCGUGCCGAGUGGGAAGAAGAGAGUGGUAUGUGGGUGGUUGAUGUCAAGGAUGAGGAUAAAAAUCGAACCUUCAAGGAUCGAUGUCAUUUCCUAAUGGAUGCUUCGGGUAUUUUCAACCAUUACAAAUGGCCAGACAUUAAGGGUAUCAGUAUUUUCGAAGGAGAUCUGAUACAUACCGCACACUGGCCUGCAGACUUCAAAUACGAAAGCAAAGCAUUCGCAGUUAUUGGAAAUGGAGCUUCCGGAGUCCAGAUUAUUCCAGAACUACAGCCAGGAGUUGGUAAGCUUGUACACAUCAUUCGCGGCAAUUCGUGGAUUGCCCCACCAAGUGCAGCUGUCGAAAUGUGUUCAGCUCUUACCGAGAAGGGCACUAAGAAGUACAAUAAUCUGCAAAUUAACAAGUUCUCGGAGGAUCCUACAGCAUAUCGUGAAUUUAUGAAAAAUAUUGAAGCUUUCUCCAAUCAGAGAUUCAGGAUGAUUUUAUCCGGCUCGCCAGACGCAGAGAUUGCACAAGAGAGAGCUGAAAGUUACAUGAGAUCAUGUUUAAAAUCAAAUCCUUCACUGGCAUCAUCGUUGAUACCAUCUUUCCCAAUUGGAUGUCGUCGCAUCACACCUGGAAAAGGUUAUUUGAAGUCACUUCUUGCAAGCAAUGUAACCGUUAUCUCAGAACCAGUACAAGUUUCUUCUCGCGGUAUCAAACUGAAAGGAGGAGGGAUCAUAAAUUUAGAUGCUAUAAUCUGUGCCACAGGAUUUGACUGCUCUUUCGUGCCUCGUUGUCAACUGAUAAGAGAGCAUGGAAAUUUACAAGACAUUUGGAAAACCAGGACUCCGGAAGCUUACAUGAGUUGCAUGAUCGAGGGGGUGCCAAAUUACUUCAAUUUUCUUGGACCGAACGGUCCUUUAGCACAUGGGGCAAUUCCACUGGUCGCGGAGCAGCUCGCCAAAUAUAUCAUCCGUCACCUUCAGAAAUUCCAACUUGAGCAUAUCCAUUCCGCCUGGCCACUGCCUGCUGCAAUCGACGACUACUCGGAACAUAUCAAAGGGUUCAUGCCACGUACAUCGUGGUCUAAGCCUUGUGGCAGUUGGUACAAAGGGGCGACGAAAGAUGGACCAGUCUUCGCACUUCACCCUGGAAGUCAGUCUCAUUUCUUCCAUAUGUUAGAGAAACCUCGUUGGGAGGAUUUCGAGUGGCGGACAAAAGCUGGAGGUGGGGGUAAUAGAUUCGGGUAUUUGGGGAAUGGCUUUAGUAUUCGGGAGGAGGAGGGUGAAGAUACGACAUGGUAUCUGAAUGAUCCUCAUGGUAGUUAA